GUCAUGGACGCAACGACAUACAGAUAAUACACGGGCAGUCAGUUACUCCGCCAUGGGAUACCCCGUCCGAACGAGAGAAACUGUAUCUCUCGGAGGAGAGAAUACUGUUGACGAUCUUGAUAAGGCUUCUAGCAUACAGCCCUAACCUGGCACCUCCAUUCCUCGCAGCGUAUACUCGUCUGAGAUCCCGAAGAUUAACCUACAGCCCUACAUUCAUCGACAGACACGAACGACAGCGAAAUGCCCACCCCACUCCGCCCCGAACCCAUCGAGAUCGCCAUCAUCGGCGGAGGGAUUGUCGGCCUCGUGCUGGCCGUCGGCCUGCUCCGGCGCGGGAUCCAAGUGACCGUCUACGAGCAAGCGCACGGCUUCCGCGAGAUCGGCGCGGGGAUCGCCUUCACCGCGAACGCCAUCCAGUGCAUGGAGCAGCUGGACCCGGCCAUCGUGACGGCGCUGCGGUCGAGCGGAUCGGUCGCGACCUCCGCGAGCAACGCGGGGGUGAAGGAGGCCCAUGACUACCUGCGCUGGAUCGACGGGUACAACCAGCUUGAUCCGAAUGAUCCCGCCUACCAGCGGAUGCUGUACCAGAUCGAUGCCGGAUAUCGGGGCUUUGAAGGGUGUCGGCGGGACCAGUUCCUGGAGGCGUUGGUGAAGGUCGUGCCGCCGGAGGCCAUCUGGUGUCGACGACGCUUGCAAUGGAUUGAGGAACGCGGGCUGGAUGAGAAGAUUGGUUUGGGGUUUGUGGAUGGGACGCGGGUGGAGGUCGAUGCCGUCAUCGGCUGCGACGGCAUUAAAUCUCGUGUCCGAGAGAUUCUCUUCGGGGAAGGCAGCCCCGUCUCAUACCCGCACUACACCCACGAGGUGGCCUACCGCACGCUCAUCCCGAUGGAGGCGGCCAUCGCGGCGCUGGGCGAAUACAAGGCCCGGAACCAGCACAACCACGUCGGCCCGCGGGCCCAUCUCAUCCACUACCCGGUGGCCAACAAUACUCUGAUCAACGCCACGGCGUUUGUCAUGGAUUCUGGGGGCUGGCUCGAUGACAAGCAGAUGGUGGCGCCGGCCUCGCGCGGGGAGCUGGAGGCAGCAUUUGCCGACUGGAGUCCCUGUGUGCGCAACGUGAUCUGCUUGUUCCCGGAGGGGCUGGAGAAAUGGGCGUGCUUUGAUCUGUGGGAGUACCCGGCACCGUAUUAUAGUCGGGGGAAGAUCUGCCUGGCCGGUGACGCGGCGCACGCUUCUACUCCCCACCACGGGGCCGGGGCAGGAAUGGGGAUUGAGGAUGCGCUGUGUUUGUCGAGUCUUAUGGUGGAGGUGGUGGAGACCAUCCGCAAGCAGCCGACGCUCAAGGGGACCGCCCUGAAGACGGCCUUUGAGACUUUUGGUGCUGUCCGCCGCACGCGAACCCAGUGGCUGGUGAACAGCAGCCGCACGGUACGUGAUUUCUACCAUCAGAUCGAAUGGGGCGAGCCGUCCAAAUGGGUCAAGGCGGAGACUUGCUUUGAGGAGCUCAAGGACCGGUCCCAUAAGAUCUGGUCUUUCGAUUAUGAGGCGAUGAAGGCGGAGGCCGUUGGGCUGUAUAGGGAGAAGAUGGGGGUGGACUAG